UCUCCUGUGUUCAUGCUGCUAGCGGCGGAGAGACGUGCUCGUCUAGGGGCUCUCCAACAAGAAUGCCUGGAACUAGAGGAGCAAAUUAGCAGAAUCAAGUCCAAAAUUAAGCAGAAGAAGCACGAGAUUGCCCCGCUUGCCCCCGUUUACACACUCGCGGACGAUGUCGUCGUCAUAGUCUUGCGAUUCGCAUAUCAGCACCAUUUCCCCCAUUGCCGUCUCGACGACGGCCUCCCACACACUAACUCUCCGAUAGCCAUCAGCCACGUCUCUCGUUGGUGGCGUAGACAGGCUACCUCGCUUCCGUCAAUCUGGACCUGCAUUCACGUCACGCCGGAACAACCAGCGCAUUACGCGGAGGUCGCCAAGGCCUACCUCGUACGCUCUCGCUCCCUUCCUCUGUCAAUCUCGUUCCAAUGUCGUACGCCAGAUAUCUUGUUGAAGGGGUCCCUUAGUCAGCAACUCGACUGGUCGAUGUUCGAAGGGUCAAUUUGGCGCAGGUUCAAAAGCAGCUGGAAGUACCUCUUGACAGAGGGUCAUAGAUGGAAGAACUGCUCUAUCUACCUAUGGCAUCAGGAGUCGACCCAGGCCAUUCUCUUCUCUCUCAACGGAUGCAAGUUUCCGCAUCUGGAGUACCUGGGUAUCUCGAUCGGCGCUGAAGAUGCUCCUGACUUGGUGCCUAAUUUUGAGGCUCCGGGUCUCACCGAGCUGCGUGCAGAAUGCUGGCUUCCUGUCUUCAAAGCACCUCGUAGACUCUUCAGCGGGCUCACGGAUUUGAAGAUUCACGAUGCGAGCUGUGCCAUUGGUGCGCUGACGGACGUGCUCGCAGUGGCUGCGGGGACGUUGGAACGUUUCAGUCUCUCGCAGGUGUGCCUCGAAUUCAACUCUAAUCCCCCAGAGAUCCUUUUGCCGACUCUCCCUCGGCUCACCUAUCUUCUACUGGAGGACGUCGUUGACGAACACAACAACGAAGAAUACAGAUUCUGCCCCGCGAUCUGUCGUGUAGCCGUUGCUCUCAAAGCGCUACGUUUUACAGCGGGGAGCACUACCGACACCUUAUGUAUCAACGAUACGGUACUCCCUACCCUGCGCCAUCUCUCUCUUCCGUACCUCUGGCGCUGGGAGAGAACACAAGUGAGGGCACUUUUUCGCGCUACGCCGACCCUUCAAACGCUGCAAGCCGGCACCGUGCGGGACAUCUCGGGGUGGUUCAACCUGGCAGUGGAGAUGGAUCAGUCGUCGGGAAGCUGCAUCGCCUGGCCGAAUUUGGAGUCGUUGUUCCUGUCAAACGUGAGAUACGACCAGGCCCUAUCCGCGUUUAUCCGGCACAGAGCGCACAUAGGAAAGCCUCUUAAGAGUCUUGUUCUUGGCGACGAAUAUGCUGAACGCCUCCGUCAAGAUGACCUGGAUGCUUUCCACCAGCUACAGCUCGAUUUUUCCGCUUGCUUACGGGCGCCGCCCGAGGUUCGGGCAUCACUCGCAUCGCCGAUGGACUGGUGGGACGACAUUGCGAACAAACCGGCAUUCGCACCGUGGAAGGGCUCAUUCGAAUUUCACGACCAAUUUAGCCAUCUGCAAGGUAGACUAUCACCUUGUGGGUCUGAACACCUCUCGGAUGAUAACGCUAUAACGGUUUUUGAGGAGAAUGAGAUAGAGGACUGGUAAGUGUCUAACGGGGC